AUGGGAUCCGCAAAGGAAGAAAUUUCUGUUGACGUCCUCGUCAUCGGCGCUGGCCCAACCGGUCUGGGUGCCGCAAAGCGUCUCAACCAGAUUGAUGGCCCCUCAUGGCUGAUCGUCGACGCCAACGAGACACCUGGUGGUUUGGCCUCGACAGACACCACUCCAGAGGGCUUCCUCUACGAUGUUGGUGGCCAUGUCAUCUUCUCCCACUACAAGUACUUUGACGACUGCAUCGACGAGGCCCUGCCCAAGGAAGAUGACUGGUUCACCCACCAGCGCAUCUCCUACGUCCGCUGCAAGGGCCAAUGGGUCCCCUACCCAUUCCAAAACAACCUGUCCAUGCUGGGCAAGGACGACCAGGCAAAGUGCAUGGACGGUCUGAUUGAUGCCGCCCUCGAGUCUCGCGUGGCAAACACCAAGCCAAAGAACUUUGACGAGUGGAUCGUCAGGCAGAUGGGUGUCGGCAUUGCCGACCUCUUCAUGAGGCCAUACAACUUCAAGGUCUGGGCUGUGCCCACCACCAAGAUGCAGUGCGAGUGGCUUGGCGAGCGUGUCGCUGCACCCAAUGUCAAGGGUGUCAUGUACAACAUCAUCCACGGCAAGACUGCUGGAAACUGGGGCCCCAACGCCACCUUCCGCUUCCCCGCACGAGACGGUACCGGUGGUAUUUGGAUCGCUGUCGCCAAGACGCUGCCAGAGUCCAAGACACGAUACGGCGAGAACAGCAAGGUGACCAAGGUCGAUGCCGAUGGACACAAGGUACACCUCAAGGACGGCACCGUCGUCAACUACAAGAAGCUCAUCAACACCAUGGCUGUUGACUCCCUAGUCGAGACCAUGGGUGACAAGGAGCUCAUUGACCUCAGCAAGGGUCUCUACUACUCCACCACCCACGUCAUUGGUGUUGGUCUUCGUGGCGAGCGCCCAGAGCGCAUCGGCGACAAGUGCUGGCUGUACUUCCCCGAGGACGACUGCCCCUUCUACCGUGCCACCAUCUUCUCCAACUACUCACCCUACAACCAGCCGCAAAAGGACGUCAAGCUCGCAACCCAGCAGCUCGCCGACGGCUCCAAGCCCAGCUCCACCGAGCCCAAGGAAGGCCCAUACUGGUCCAUCAUGUUGGAGGUUGCCGAGUCUGGCAUGAAGCCCGUCGACCGAGAGAACCUGCUCAAGGACUGCAUUCAGGGUCUCAUCAACACCGAGAUGAUCAAGUCCGACGACGAGAUUGUCUCGACCUACCACCGCGCCUUUGACCACGGAUACCCUACUCCUUCGCUUGAGCGUGAAGGCGUCCUCACCAAGCUUCUCCCUGCCCUUCAGGCAAAGGACAUCUUGUCGCGUGGCCGCUUCGGUUCAUGGCGCUACGAGGUUGGUAACCAGGACCACUCAUUUAUGUUGGGUGUCGAGGCUGUAGACCACGUUGUCAACGGAGCUGUUGAGCUUACCCUCAACUACCCCGACUUUGUCAAUGGUCGCAAGAACGAGGAGCGUCGUCUCGUCGACGGUGCCCAAAUCUUCACCAAGCCUUCUCUUGCGCUGAGGAACAAGGGUGUUGACUAG